AUGGCGCUAUCUCCCGAAUUUCAAAGGUCUUAUCUAGACAAGGACCGUUACCCGCGGAACUAUAUGCUGAACAGCAUCAAAACCUAUCCUAGUGCUUUAAAAGAGUGCAGUGAUAGGUUAGACUCAGUGGCCGGAGACCUUUUCCAAACCAAUUUGGAGAACGUCGAGGUUUCUUUUCGAGAUCUGAAACCAAAUAACGGGACGAGUACAAAGAGUGCUACAAAUAAGUUCAUUCAUACCCAUGACGAUCUUACGGAUCACUUGGGAGUCAGCCGCAGGCCGUCUAUCAGCAAUGGAUCAGAUCAGAUUGUCGCGAAAGUCAAAGACCCCAAAUGCCGCUUCAUUUAUAUCUUCGGGAAACAUACUCUUGCUCGCCUGAGAAUCACUCGUGGUAUGCUGGCUGAGAUAUUGACAUUUCAUCAAGUAAUGCCUGACUACCUGGAUUUCAUGUUCACAUUUGGUCUACAAAGCGAACCUCGAGAUCAUCGAUUCAGCAGCUUCCGUGAACAGAGGUCUUUUAGGCCUAGCAAAACAUCGCUGGCCAUUGAGCCCCUUGCGCGGUCUGGUAGGCAGUACCAGCUCUGCUAUAACCUCAAAGGAGUGUCUCUAAAAGGCCAAGACCCUGAGGAUCCAUCUCUUGAUCAAUAUUCUAUUCGACCUGCUGCUUUUUACCAUCGUUUCGACGUGGACAAUGGGAAUGCCUUAUGGAUUGUCACUAAGGGGGGAAAUGAUAUCGAGGACCGAUUCAAGGAACUCACAGGCCGUGACGCCCGUCCCGAAGACAGAUCGUUCAAUAAUCUCGGCGAAUGUUUACGGUCAAGCUUAGCAGCUCACCUUCUGUUUUGCCACUGGUCUAUGGAAGGAUGGCGCGAUCAUAUCAAGUGGCUUGAAUUGAUCGUGGACAAUGAGACCAAAAUUGCAGUGAUUGGCAACAGUGAGCCAGGCCGGCAGCACCGAAUAUACACAGCUGGAGAUAUCCAGAAGCUACUCAUGUACGAAGAAACGAUCAGCGAAGUGAUCACAUCCCUAGAAUCCAACGUCGAAGUGAUGACGUCGCUGAGGGAUUUCUACGAAAAGCUCGUGGUGAACCAAAGUGUUAAUUUUGGCAAUUGCGCAUUCGACAUUGACGAUUUCACGAGCGAAUUGGGGCAUCUGAUUAAUGACUUCAAACUUCAUAUAUCCAGAGCAAAGGCUCUGGUAAAAGUUAUCAGCAAUCGAUCAGAGCUAGUAAAGCAACAGCGGAUGGAAAGGCUGAACAAGAAUCUGGAAAAUGAGGCAAUAGUGAUGCGAAUCGUCACAAUUGUCACACUGCUCUACCUGCCCGCUACCUUUGUUUCGACCUUAUUCAGCACCGAUAUUAUCAAGUAUCAGGUCCAAGAUGAUAUAAAGGCGGAGGGCACGUAUUCAGAAGUAGCAAUGUACCGCUGGCUGCAAGUGACACUGCCUCUAAUGUUUAUCACAAUGAGCGCCGCAUAUGGAGGCAAAGUAUGGGCAGAGCGCCGGGCAAAUCGUUUAUCGGACAAGCCGAAAAUAAAUCAAACCGAAGAAAAGGGGCGCCUACAAGAACAAUUCACCAAAACAUACGGGCAAAGUAAGAACGCCUUGCACCAAUGGGCUCGAUAUGUCAAGAAUACGGGCGGAACAAUCCUCAAAUCGUCAGCAGAUUCACUAGCGGGCUGUAUUCCGAAAGUUCAGUCCCCAGAAUCUAACCUGGCCCUGCCUAUGACCAAUAUUCAGAACCAUAGACCGCCUGCCGGUGGAUGA